AUGGUUUCGACAUGGGCCGGGGCGCAUGACGGACACUCAAACUUCCCAACCCUAAACUAUGACCUAAAACUAUCACCCCCGAAACCACCAAAUUAUGAAAAUGUCAUGGACAACGCUUCUACAGACACGAGAAUAAGGAUACUGACGGUCGGGGAUGGAGAUUUGAGCUUAUCUUUGGCCCUAGUCCGUGCAUAUGGAAGGCAUGUGUCACUGACAGCUUCGGUCCUUGAAUCAAAGGAGAGGCUCCUUGCGUGUUAUCCAGAUGCGCCUUUGGAAGCCCUUGCAGAUCUUAAUGUCGAGGUUUUGUAUAAACUCGACGCUACGAAAUUGCAUGAGCAUUAUAAGCCGAAAAGUUGGGAUCUUGUAUGUUUUCAUCAUCCACACUUGGGCCUGGGCUCCUUAGAGAAAAAUGAAGCCGAACAUGCGAAUCGACACUUUCAGCUCGUUUGCCACUACCUUUCUUCUGCUAAUGCUGUAUCGGAUUCUGUCCAUAUCUGCCUGUGUGGAAGUCAGCCAGAGACAUGGAAACUCUUGGAAGCUGCAGAGUUUACUGGCUUGGAAUUGAAAAAGAAAAUGUCGACCUCUGCUCCGUUCUCGAAGCUUUGGACAGAUGAAGAGUUUCCUCCGACUGAAGCAAAGCCUGGCUACGCUGCACCACGACGGUAUCGAUUUGGCAAAUUGGGAUCUCGCCACGCGCUUGGCAAAUUUGGCUAUAGACAUCGUCGAACUGAAGGAGAGCUGUACAAUGGAAAAUCCAACGAUACGAAUGUGGCGGGAUCAAUGCACUACUUGUUCAGAGCUAAGCCAGGAAGCAUUUAUGUCAUGGACGGCACUGGUAUUCCCAAGCACAAAUGCAAAAUUUGUCGAACGCCCUUCUCCUCCGAGAGAGAUCUAGUGAAACACAUGCGGGCCCCGGCAGUGCCUGACACGACUUCCACAACCAUCGUGCAAACGGUGAAAAAGGCUUUGCCUAUACAAGACGAUCAGGAAAUCAUGCCUCCUAUACCAUGUACAACGAAGGCAGAUGGUACUGAAACAAGUUUAAAGGUCGAAAUGGGGUGUGAUGGAAAGAGACUUCGGUGGCUCAUACAGCAUGGUAUUGAGGGGCUUUCAAAAAAGCAAGCCAAGGUCGCAAUUCAAGGCAGCAAAGUAUUUGUCAAUGGUUCUGUUGCAGUAGAUGCCAGUCGAGUACUAAGAUUCGGGGAUAUAGUGCUUGUCAAGGCGAUGCAGCCUGCAGGCUCCUCGUCAUCAGUUGCAGAGAUUGAAAUAUUGUAUCGAAAGGACCCAGUGCUUGUUGCUUUCAAACCAAGUGGCGUACGUACGAAAGGACAGUUUCCUGGAACAUUGGAAGCGUCAAUAGAACAACAAGAAGGUCAUAGAUAUGAUGCCUUGAGCCCUCUCGAUACGUUUUGUCCCGGUCUAUGCGCUUUGAUCAGAAGUGACCAUGGUGCACAACCGCCUACAAUUGCCCAUUCAAUGACUGCACUGGUAUUCAAAGCAGUUUCGGAAACCUGGAAACCGUAUAGAGAAGUGACAAUUACUGUCGAGCCAAAAUGGAAGAAACGAAAACGCAAUAUGUCACCCCAGAAAGUCUCACUGAAACUUGUGCCCUUGGGAACAACAAAAGAGCGAGAGGAUUCAACGCAAUUGACAACCAUUCGUUUGGAAACAGGAACUCGUUGUUCUACAAGCAGCAUUUGCCAAUAUCUUCGCAAUGAAUCACAUGGGGUCGUCGGAGACAGCAAUUGCCGGCAGGAGUAUCUAAAGGUACGAAGAUCCAUCAGAAACCGAAUCAAAGAUAAAAUGUGCAUCGGAUGUUAUCGGGUUGAAAUAGAUGGCGUGGAAACAACCUACGAAGUCCCAGAAAAACUCUUGUGGAGCUAUUGGGAUGCCCAUUGCGAUGGAAAAAAUUGUAGUCGAAAAGAUUAG